UCCAGUGUUAUCUAAUCUUCCACGCACGAAAUCCGACCAAUUUCUGAAAACCCUAAAACACCAACCAAAAAAAAAGAACCAAUCUUUGCAGAACGGCCAUGGAGAUCUCCUCAAUAACUUUAUCAGUCCCGAAACCUCCUUCUCUCCCUCUGUCAUCGUCUCGCUCCAGGUUUGUCGCCGACAAUGCCGCUAGCGCCGCUUUCUUGAACAGGAAUAAGGCGAACACGGGGGCUCUGGUUUUGGGUCGAAGAAGGAGCGGAUUCAGAGCUGAGCCGGCCAGGAAAGGCCUCACUUGCAACGCUUUGUUCGGUCUCGGCGUGCCGGAGCUCGUCGUCAUCGCCGGAGUCGCCGCUUUGGUUUUCGGGCCCAAGAAGUUGCCGGAAGUUGGCCGGAGUAUCGGGAAGACCGUCAAGAGCUUCCAACAGGCCGCAAAGGAGUUUGAAACUGAGCUUAAGGCACCGCAGACGACGGCAGAAACCCUUGUGGACAAACCGGCGGCAACAAUUGAAGAGGAGAAACAAGACGUUACGGUUCCAAGCUCAAAAGAAAGUGUAUGAGAUUGUUCUGUCAUAAAUCUAUAGUAUGAGAUUGUACCACUAGUAACGUCACCUAAUGCCUUAUUUCAUUUUUACAGACUAGUCAAUAAAACCUUCUUGGUCUA